CAUGCGCAGUGCUGUGCUCCGUGCGGCGUUCUGCUGAAGGGAUGAGGGCAGCGGAUUCAUGAACAACAGACCCAGAUGCUGAUGAGAGAAGUGCGGAUACACGGGGGACGCAUGGUGUCAGAGAAUGCCACGGCAAGAAUAGAGUUUCCGUUCAUUUACUUGGAGGGAAGGCAUCUUUGUGUCUUUGACUAGGCUGUUUGUUUUUGACUUGAAGACAUAACUGCGGCUAAUGCUGCAUAUCCUGACGUUACAAUGCCAGCGGGGCUGAAUGCGCAAGGCAGCGGUAUACCUAUCUCAGAUCCGAUGGGAUCGUUUAAGAGGAGGAAAAGAAAGUCCAUCAUAGUAACAGUUAUGCUCCUUAUUGUCUCCAUACUCAUCUUGGUCUUUGGUCUGGCGGCUACAACCAGGACGCAGAACAUCACUGUUGGUGGCUAUUAUCCAGGAGUCAUUCUCGGCUUUGGGUCUUUUCUGGGAAUCAUCGGCGCCCAUUUGAUAGAGAAUAAGAGGCAGAUGCUGGUGGCCUCAAUUGUCUUCAUCAGCUUUGGCGUUGUGGCUGCCUUCUGCUGUGCUAUAGUGGAUGGCGUUUUUGCUGCAAGACAUAUAGACCUCAGACCUCUAUAUGGUGGCCGAUGUGAAUAUUACUCCAGUGGGACGGCAUUUGAUGUAGAUGUCCACUGUCAAACUGGAUCUCGGGUCUCGUGUAACCUGCGUGUGAAGAGCAACACCUGCUACUGCUGUGAACUUUACAACUGUGGCAAGUAUGUGUGUGUGAGCAUGUCCCAUUCGGAUACAUCCCUCCUAGGAUAUCUUCUGCAAGCAGCCAGAUCAGAUUUUUUUAAAAAGUAUAUAGCAACAACUAAGCUAUCUUUGUUUUACCUUGGUUUAUAUUUGCUUGUAUGGUGUAUGCUUCAAUCCCUGAAAUUCAGCUCUGUUCGAAAGAACGUUUGUGUUUAUUUAUGUUUCAGAGAGCAUCCUCUUAUGGGACUUCAGAAUAAAGAUGUUUUGAAAAAAUUUAGGAAAUCCUCCAUGAUUUGGAACCGAGUGGAACUGCGAGGAGGGUAUCAUGAGUACACAGAGGUGCGGAGCUGCCAGGAUGUUGUCCACCUUUAUCACCUGCUGUGGUCUGCUACUAUCCUCAACAUCGUGGCUUUGUUUCUGGGCAUCAUCACUGCAGCCGUGCUGGGGGGCUUCAAAGACAUGAUGCCGACAGCAGCACCAGAUUCUUGUGAGCCGGAGCCUCUUCCAAUCCCUCCACCACCAGAGACUCCUGGACCCACCACCUCCAACAACUCCUUCUACAACACUGCCCCCUGCUUGCCUCCAUACACUGCCUAUGACCUUCAGGGUGCCAGCUUCUUUCCCGACUCUUCAGGCUUGUCUGACGAUUCCCAGUCUGGAGCCAGUCACAUGUGGCCAAAUAUGAUCCCUCCUCGUUAUUCUCCUCCUUAUUACCCACCCGACGAGAAGCCCCCGCCAUACAGCCCUUAAGGGGACCAGUCUGACCAAGACAUUUUCCUGUCGAGACGGAAGUGGCAGUGGGCAUUUUUUGAUAUUAGUGUUCAACGUCAUUCUCCUGAAUGCAGCGGAGGCUCACCCGAGCGGCAGGCUAAGUAUAGAGAGACCACAGCAUUAACCACAGGCAUUCGUCAUCAAAUACAGCAGAUGUAAUAUGCAACAUUAAUCCUUGACAAGAUUUGCUCAAGCCAACAAACCCGAUUGUGUAAAAUAUCCAUGAUAUAUAGCCUCAAUGCAAGAGGACGACGUGUAGUAACGGACUACGAGACUGUUCACAGAUAAGCCUUAAAACGUGCGUCCGCUUCCAGUACAGCUCCUGUUAUUGGUACCGUCUGUGGGUCUCCUACUUGUGAUUUCCUCCAUCACACGAACCUUUCUCCCUUCCAAAGUGGCACAAAAGUGUUUUGUCGUGGCCUCUGCUCUCUCGGCACGAGGAUGAGUCUCAUAUCUUAUAUCUUGCAAUUGAUUUGCACUUUAUUGUCUUCAGAAUCUACUGUAUUCACACAGUUCUAGAAAUUUUAGAGUUAUUUUUAACUGUUUCAGGCAGCUAGAUUGCAAAGAACUGUACAUACGUUUAGGCUGAAACUGAUUUUCUUUUCCUUCUCCUGAGCGCUUUGGUAGGAUCUACGAGCUCUCCCGUAACAUGUGCAUCACAAUCUUGUCACAGAUUCGUCUUCUGUGACAACAUCUUUGCUUGACUUACGCAAAGUAAUAACCUCCACGAGAGGAUUUUCGACUUGUACAUCUUGCAUUUAUCAGCAAUUUUGUGUCGUUUCUGUCUUAAAGUGACAGGACUUAUCGAAUGUAAAAAAGGAGGCUUAGCUUUAUUAGUAACCGUUAUGGAUUUUAACACUUAAUUGUUCAAUGCGUAAUAGUAAUAACACAACAUCUUUCCACGUUGCAAAUAUGAUAUCAAUGUGCAAUGCUGUACAUAUACUGAACAAUCAAACUGCCUUCUAGUAACACAACACAACUGAGUCUUAAGACUUGUAGUGUUUUCCUCUUUUGUCUGUUAGUGCGUUCACUGUGAAUGUCAAGUCACUGUACUUUUCGUGCUCGAUUUAUAUCAACAACAGUGUCCUUUACUGGAGUGAAGUAGAGAUUUUACAACAAAUUCAAUUGUUUGGAUGACUUCUGGAUGCAGCUGGUAAAAACCCUAGUCACAUGCUACUAGUAUAAUGAAAGAUCUUUCCCCUCGAUUGUUCGUUUUGGAGCAUUUUCAUGUGACAUUGUUUACCUUCAAUGUUGAAAAUCUUCAAAUGAAGACUGAUGUAGACUUUUUAUUUUUAGCUUCGUUAUCUUUUAUCCUGCGUCAUGCGGAAGCUGCACAUUGCAGAUUAUGUUCAUAUAAUAACAUUCGCUGACCGCUAUACAGAGACAGGAAUGCUCAUAACAUUGACUGGUCGUUAUCAUACGUUCAUGAUGCUCUUGGAAAUAAAAGAAAUACAUGUG